UUUGCUUUAUUUAAUUUAUAUAUUUGUAUUUGUUAUUGUCUCAUCCAAAUUUCACAGAAUUAUAGGGUGAAAGGGAUCCUUACAAAUUGAUUAAAUGUUUUUCUAAAUGGCUAAGAUGUAUUUUUAAAAGCUGCAGGUUAUUGAGUCAUCCCUAAGCCUUUGAUAUCAAAUUAAAAUGUUCUCAGUUAUUUUGUGACCACAAUAUUACCUGUAGUUUUAGGGUUAUUUCUGAGGUGCUGAUGAAAGGAUUUGUAAAAUUGUCAUGUGUGUUGAAAAGUGUCUAAAUGUUCAUCUUGUACAUGUUAUUAUUAUUAUUUAUUUAGUAGCAGACAUGUUGUGAUGUGUUUGAAGUAUUUGAUGGGGUUUGCCUUGCAUCCUAUCCUUUGAUGUGUCAGUUGAAAUAUUUCAAAACAGCCAUUAUUGUGCAAAUCAGUUUAAAGGAAAUGCAUGAUGCAAUGUAGACAAGUGGCCACCGGGUGGCAUGAUUUGCUAUGCAUCAGGUCCUGUGUGUGUGUGUGGCAGGAUGUCGGAGGGCUUUGCUUCGGUGUUCUACAGCGAGCCGUCAGUGCUGGGUCUGCUUGCUAACGUCAUCAGUGCCUUCUACGUGGCUCUGCAGAACUUCACUGGAGCCGUCACCGGCCAGGCAGCCACGGGAGUGGAGAACACAAUCGCAGGCGUGCACCUCAUUCUGAUCGGAGGCGUGGUGCAGCUGCUGGCUGGCCUCCUCACCUUCAGGAAGUACGACCACCUGGCGGGGACCACGUUCCUGGCCUUCUCGGCACUGUGGGGCAGCUAUGGGACCACGCGCAUCAUCGCAGGGGCCUACGAGCUCCUGAGCCUGGGGGCCAGCACUGCGGCGCCCCAGAUCAGCAAGGCGGCCGUCGCUGGGCUGGUGGCCUACACCGGCGUGGCUUUCGUGGUGUCUUUCUGCUCGGCCACGGCCAACUACGUGAUGCCCUUCGUGUUCGGAGCCAUCACCGUGACGCUGGUGUUCGAGGCGGUGGGGCAGUUUGCCACGUGGGCGUUGGUGGUGGCCGGAGUGGCCCAGCUGGUCAUUGUCCUGUUCGGCCUCUACGGGGCGAUGGCUCUGCUCCUCAAAGGGAUCUACCAGCGCCACGUCCUGCCGGGCUUCGGCAACGCCCUCUUCGACGUGCUGCUGCUGGGCGCCAGGAUCAAGCCGUCACAGCGGAGGCAGGCCAGUCGGGGCGAGGAGGAGGAGGAGAAGAAGAAGAACAGCAAGUACGCGGAGCCCAUGGCGCUGGGGAACAUGAGCGACGUGGUCUCUGCAGUGAUCCUGGCCUUCUACUGCUUCAACUACACGCCCUCCUUCCUGGUGGGGGCGCUGUGGGUCAGCCUCAAUGCCACGGCCCAGCUCCUGGCCAGCUACUACGCCUACCUGCGGAACGACGUGUUCCAUGGCACCAAGUUCGCGCUGCACUACACCUACUGGCUGGUACAGGCCUGGGAGGCGUUUGUGGUGUCGGUGCUCCUGGGCAGUGAGGGGGAGGGCGUGGGCCAGGCUCGGGCGGGCAUGCUGGGGGGCUGGUUCUUCCUGGUGGCUGCCCUGCUGCUGUGCCUGCUGUCCCUGAGCCGCGACAAGACUGAGCUGUUCCAGAACAGCCUGUUCGCCUUCCUCACCGUCUCCACCCUGCCCCAGAUCCCCCGCGGGUCUCGCUCCCUCUUCUUCGGGGUGGCCUGCUCUCUGUACGCUCUGCUCUGCCUCUACAUCUCCUUCAUCAGCCUGGUGAACUCCAUCGCAGAGAAGGUGCUCCUGCCCCUGGGCGUGCGGCUCGUGAGCGCCCCCAGGCUGCAGGCGGCGCUGUUCAGGCUGAAACGCCACCUCUGCCAUGCCCAGGACAUGCCUCCCCUUGGGGGCCCCUCGGAGCACCGCGCCCAGCUCCCCGACGCCCUCUUCUUCCUGUGCAACGGCCUGGCUGCCCUCUCAGCCCUGCAGCCCUCCCUCCCGGACUCGCAGCGCUCUUACCUAUCCGUGCCCUGGGUGCUGAUCCCCGGGACCCUCGUCCAGCUCUACGUGUCGCGGCUGCAGGUGCGAGGGGGGCGCCGCUUUGGCCCCACGCUGCCCUUCUCCUACGCAGCCGUCUGGGCAGUCUGGACCUGGCUGAGGUUUGCAGGCCCCCUGCUCGGGAUCAGUAAUCCCUCUCUACACGGGUUCUCCGUUGGCGCAGUUGCCUUCCUCGUCAUCAACGCCUUCAUCAUCAUCAUGGCUGCCUACUCCAAUCUGGUUCUCCUGACCCUGGCUGUUCUGAUGGAGGGGCUCAUCGUCUGCUUCCUGUUGUUCACUCUGCACACACUGCCGCUUCCUCUCGAAGGUGUGUUCCUGGCCCUGUUCAGUGUGGUCUGUAUGUACGGAGCGACCGCCUCCUUCGCGAACUACCUGUUUGAGAGGAAGCUCCUUCCAAUGGGACCCCCUCUGAUCCAGGCUGGGAAGAGUAACAAGGGCGAGCCUGCCCCCCCGCCCUGCCCCACCCCAGGCUCGCGGAAGACCAGCGGCCUGCAGAGCAUCGCGGGUAUCCUGGAGUCCGGGGGUGUGUGCGGGAUCCCCUCGGACACGGUCUACACGCUGGCUGCCUCCUGCAAACACCCCGCUGCCAUCGAGCGCAUUUACAACAUCAAGGACCGCCCCCUGGAGAAGCCCAUCUGUCUGACGAUUGGUAAUCUGAAGCAGCUGGAGGCGGUGGCCCCGCCCUUCAGUCCGCUGCUCUGGGAGUUCAUGAGGAACGUCUACCCCGGUGGGAUUGGCUGCAUCGUCAGGAAGGGGGAGUGGCUCAAGAAGCUGGGUGUUGGCCUGGCCUACGACUACGUGGGAACCAAGGACAGCAUCAUGAUCCGCAUCUCUGACCUCACGGUGACCACCCACCUGCUGGACAUGACCGGCCCCCUGGCCAUCACCUCAGCCAAUCCCAGCGGGCAGCCGGACAGCACCCACCACGACAUGGUCGUCAUGAGGCUGGGAGACAAGCUGGAUGGGGUGCUGUGUGACGGAGACUCCACGGAACUCGUGUCCUCCACCGUCGUCAUCUGCACCAAGAUUGAUGAAGGAAAGCUGUCCUUCCUGAGAGAGGGCGCUGUUCCUGCUGCCAAGGUGCUACAGAUAUUCGAGAAGGUCAAGAGCAAGAUGGACUUCAGUGAAGCAGCGUAACGACCCGGGGGCUUAAACAGGACAGCGCUGCAACAUGGGAGCUGUGUACCACUGGGGCCGCUGCAAUCCCUUCCCUUUCAAGCACUUGCAAUGAGGCAAUACAUCUCAGUGCAAGGGGGCUCAGAGUCCAGAGACACCAAGCACUACUGAGCACAAUGCAUUCAGACCUGCAGUUACUAGUUACUGCUGCUAGUAAUUACCUCUACUACCUGUCAAGCUCUGGUGUUUGUAUCAUUUUGUAACACACAUGUAGUUAAAUAGGGACUACACUGUAUCAUAACUGCACAGCUACAGUAAAUGACUUGUAAUGACUAUUUAUAGUGCCUCUGCAGUGUAACUAAUGGCACUAAAACUAGCCACAUUAAUGUUCUGUACAGCCAGUCCAUAGCUGCAUUUAAGGACCAUAUGUAUAUAUAUGUUAUAAUAGUUCAAUGAAUCAAUAAUACCCGACACACGAGGCGCUACCAGAGGUUCUGCACAGGUUUCUUGGCAGUAAUUGCGUGGGUUUAUUGGCUGAUCUGUAAUCUCUGCUAUUUCUUGAUGUGAUGGGUUACAUUGCUAUUCCAAGUCAAUAAAAUCAUUUCUUCUCUAGA